CAAUGGCACCACUGCCAUCUGCCCGCUUAGCCCAUCACGAGCGAGCUUUCACCUACACAGGGGUGGAUUAUUUCGGACCAUUGCUGGUGAAGUUGGGACGAUCCAAUGUAAAGCGAUGGGUCGCACUGUUCACCUGCCUAACGAUUCGUGCCGUACACCUAGAAAUCGCCUACACACUAUCAACGGAGUCCUGUAUUUCGUGCGUCCGCCGAUUCGUUGGACGGCGCGGGCCACCUGCCGAGUUUUUCAGCGACAACGGAACGAAUUUCCAAGGAGCCGAUCGAGUACUGCAGCACCAGAUAAGCCAGGGGCUGUCCGCAACGUUUACCAGUGCAAACACGAAGUGGAACUUCAUACCACCAGGAGCGCCACACAUGGGCGGAGCGUGGGAACGCCUAGUACAGUCCGUUAAAGCUGCAAUGAAAGAAGCGUAUUCCGAGGGGAAGCUUGACGACGAGGGGUUGCAGACGUUGGUCGUGGAGGCUGAAAGUGUCGUAAACUCAAGGCCUCUGACGUAUCUGCCAUUGGAGAGCGAGGAGACCGAGGCCCUCACCCCGAACCACUUCCUGUUGUUAAGUUCGAAUGGGAUGAAGCAAAUGAACUACGAAGAUGAAGGACCGAAACAGUUCAGCGAAUCAGUUCGGUGUCGAAUCCUGGGGGAUUCCUGGGAGCAGAUCCAGCAUCAGCUAAAUGUAUUCUGGGGGCGCUGGUUGGUGGAAUAUCUGCCGGUGAUCCGCCGGCAACCGAAAUGGUUCAGCGAGACACCAUCAUUGAAACCAGGCGACCUGGUGAUGGUCGCGGAGCCGACGAGACGGAGUGGCUGGGAGCGAGGGCGAAUAGUUUGCCUGAAGCAGCAUGCGGACGGCAGACAUCGACGAGCGGUCGUGAAGAUAGGCGACAAGAUCUGUGUUCGACCGGUGUCGCGGUUGGCCUUGCUCGACGUCAAGAGGAGUGGAGCUCCGGCAGACUCCGGACUACACCCGGGGGAGACUGUCAACGCAGAAACCGUCGAGCUAGCAACACUGCCUGGCAAAGGCAACGCGUCAGCGUCAAAGCAAAGCAGCAACAGUUAAGCGUCGCGUCAAUGGGUGACAGUCGUCAUUUGACAUCAGUCGAAUAACGUCAUCAAACUGUCAGCGACCAGACCACAUUGCUUCUGGCAGUUCCUUUUCCUUACUGAAGCUCAGCGCGAACGGCAGCAAAUAAAGUUGAUGGUGAAAAUUGAAGCAUUGAUAGAGAAGUAUAGUAAGAUUAGUAAAGAUCAAUUAAAUUAGAAAAGGUGAAAGAUAGGAGAGUAGAGAAGGAAGUCGUGGAGUACCUGUAAAAAAGAGACAGGAAAAUCUCAAGCUGUAAAUCGCUACAGCUAAAUAGGGCGCAAGGAAGGAACAGCCCACCAAAUUUUGAAGCCUAUUAAAAAGUUCGCUAUCAAAACGGUCUUUUCCUGCGCCCUACAACCUCGACAC